AUGAGAGCUAUCUUCUUCGGACUCUUAAUCCUGACAGCCUGUCUCCUGAGGAGCAGCGAAGCUGUGACAUGCACCGCCGAACCAAACACCACCGGCUGUAUCGACUGCACCGCCAACCCCACUAAUGCGGAGUGCGUGGCCGAGGCGGCGGCCACCUCGUCCUCGACCUCGACGUCGACCAGCACCACAGUGGCGCCCACCACCACCACCUCGACCACUACCAGCUCCCCCAUCUCUUCGGGGGCAGGUGGGCGGAAGACGGUGCGAGUCAGCAACCUGCAGUACACCGCCACGCGUCGCAUCCGCGUUAACAGGAACGCUGGCAGCGGCUCUACCGCUACCACCACCCGCAACGGCAGAAGGGGCAGGAACACCAACCAAAACCGCAGCGGGAGGAGCAGGAGGAACAGCCAGUUGAAUCGAAGACGCGGCGGAAAUGUUCGCGUGGUUGUAGGCUAA